AUAAAAGGAGGCCCUGGGUUCACAACUACAUUCAAAGUUAAAGCAACUUCAAUACAUAUAGAAGGGAGCUGCAGAAAACAAAAUGGGUAGAGCUAAGGUGCGCCUAGUUGCGUGCCUUCUUCUCCUGGCCAUGGUUGUAUUGGUUGUUGCAGCUGAUAAUAACGAAGGAAACAGCAACAACAACAAUAAUGACAACAACAACAAUGACAACGACAACAACGACAACAACGACAACGACAACGACAACAACGACAACAACGACAAAGAUCACAAUAGUCCCCCGGAAGAAGAUGGAAAAGAUCACAGUCCUCCACCUCCGGAAAGUGAAGGAAAAGGGCACCAUCCUCCACCUCCACCAAAAGGAGGAAAUCCUCCUCCACCUCCAGAAGAUGGAGGAAAAGGGCAUCAUACUCCACCUCCACCAAAAGGAGGAAAUCCUCCUCCACCUCCAGAAGAUGAAGGAAAAGGACAUCAUCCUCCACCUCCCCCCAAAAAUGUACAGAGUCCUCCACCUCCUCCACAAAAAGUACAAAGUCCUCCUCCACCUCCCCCAGAGAAAGUAGGGAAUCCUCCUCCACCUCCUCAACAGGAAGUAGGGAAUCCUCCUCCACCUCCCCCAGAGAAAGUACAAAAUAAUCCUCCACCUCCUCAACAGGAAGGUGGGAAUCCUCCUCCAUCACCUCCACCUCCUCAACAGGAAAGUGGGAAUCCUCCUCCAUCACCUCCACCUCCUCCCCAGAAUGAGAAGAAGGCCAAGUGCAAAGAUAAGAAGUACAAGAGUUGUUACGAUCAAGAGUUUAGCUGUCCUUCGAAUUGCCAAGGGGGAGAUUGUGUCGUGGAUUGCGAAUCUUGCAAGCCCGUUUGUAAGUGCGACAUGCCGGGUGCAGUGUGCCAAGACCCAAGAUUCAUAGGUGGUGACGGCAUCACUUUCUACUUCCACGGCAAGAAGGAUCACGAUUUCUGCCUCAUCUCCGACUCCAACGUCCACAUUAAUGCUCACUUCAUCGGCCGCCGAAACCAGGACAUGCACAGGGACUUCACCUGGGUCCAAUCCUUGGGAGUCCUCUUCGAUUCCCACCGUUUCUACGUCGGCGCUCUCAAGACCUCCACCUGGGACCAGUCGGUCGACCGCCUCGCCCUCACUUUUGACGGUGAAUCCAUCUUCCUCCCUCAAUCAGAAGGUGCCACCUGGAAAUCCACCACGACCCCAGCUGUGUCCAUCACCAGAACACGCUACACCAACUCCAUCACCGUUGAAGUUGAAGGUAACUUCAAAAUCACGGCCACAGUGGUCCCCAUCACAGAAGAAGAGUCUCGAGUUCACAACUAUGGCAUAACUAAGGAUGACUGCUUCGCUCAUCUGGAGUUAGGCUUCAAAUUCUAUGCGUUGAGCGAGGACGUGCAUGGGGUGUUGGGUCAGACAUACAGGAACGGCUAUACCAGUAGGGUCAAGAUAUCCGCGGCAAUGCCUGUGAUGGGUGGGGUUCGCGAGUUUUCCUCGUCGAAUCUUUUCUCCACUGACUGCUCUGUCUCCCGCUUCCACCACGGUGGGCUUCCGAUCAUGGGAGCUGCUUCUGAAUAUGACGAUAUUGAGUGUAGGAGUGGCGUGAGUGGCCGUGGAAUCGUUUGCAAGAAGUAGAUUGAUGCGUUAAUCUCUGUGGUUUCACUGUUUCUCUAUAUUUCUCUGUCACAUCAUGUCAUUUGAUCAUAUUUGUUUCUCUACGUUGUCAACUUUUGACUAUGACUUGAUAUGGGUUGAUAAGAAAUAAAAUAAGUUCUGUUACAGAUUAACUCAUUUGUGAGUAUGUUUAAUGCUAUUGGAUUUUGAGUUUUUUU